AUGUCCGCAUUUCUCAGAGGCUGUGACUGGGCGCUCCAGACGGAGCCCGACUGUGAGCCGGCGCCGACCGGGCCGGGCUCCGGGCGGCAGACGACCAGCCCGAGCAGCCGGCUGGGCCGGCGGACCGCCGCCGCCGCCAGGCACGGAGGCGGCACGCUGCCAGCGCCGCCCGAGGAGAACGAGAGCAGCGGCAACACUGGCGGGCCUUGGAGCAUCGGUGGCCACGCCCGGCUCCAGAAUACGGGAACCGACUACGAGAGCGCCCUAGAGGGCGGCGCCGGCGCGCCCGGUUCCCGGCGGGUGGAGUACCGCGCCGGUAGGGCCGGGCCCGCCGCCGCCGGCCGCGCCCGUUCUCCCACGCCGCCGUCCCGGUUCGAGUCGCCGGCGGCGGCCCGGUCCCAGCCGGCUGACCGGGGUCGCUCCAGACGGAGCCCGACUGUGAGCCGGGGCCGGCUCCGUGCGGCAGACGACCAGCCCGAGCAGUCGGCUGGGCCGGCGGACCACCGCCGCCGGCCAGGAUUCCCUCGCCAACGCCUCCGCGGCUUCCAUCGACGACCUCUAGCCAGCUGUGCCAGCAGGCCCAGCGGCAGCAGCAGCAGCUGCAGCAGCGGGGCGCGGCGGAGAGCCAGCUCAUCGAAGCGACCGAAGGAUGGUGUCGCGGCUCUGGAUGGUGUCGGCGGCGCUAGACUCGGCCGUGGCUCCGCUGGCUCACUGUCCGGCGCCGCGGGCCGCUGGGCCAGCCGGAGCUCAGCGGUUCACCUCAGCAGGCCGGCAGGACACGUCUGUCAGUCAGUCACCAGACGUCUGGCCAGAAGCGGCCGACUCCGGCGGUGCCCUGGCGUGUCACCGAGCCGCGGCCGGACGGCCGCCGCCCCCUCGCCGCCAGUGCCGUCCAAGUUUGUCUGCGAUGAGAUACGGGAACCGACUACGAGAGCGCCCUAGAGGGCGGCACCGGCGCGCCGGCAGCCCGGCGGGUGGAGUACCGCGCUGGCAGCGCCGGGCCCGCCGCCGCCGCCAGCCGCCGGCCGCGACCGCUCUCCCACGCCGCCGUCCCGGUUCGAGUCGCCGGCGGCGCCCGGUCCCAGCCGGCUGACGGGGCGCGCUCCAGACGGAGUCCGACUGUGAGCCGGGGCGGGCCGGGGCGGGCUCCGUGCGGCAGCCGACCAGCACGAGCAGCCAGCUGAGCCGGCGGACCACAGCCGUCGCCAGGCACGGGGUGAGCCACCGAUCCAGGGAACGAGUCUGUCGGUGGCGGUGGAAUAUGAAGAGGAUCCGGACGGACGAAGGAUGGCCAUGGAGGACUGGAGAGCCGCGGUGACGGCGCGCGGCGCUGGUUCACCGUGGGGGGGGGGCUCGAGGGCGCCGAUCGGGGGCACGUAUUCCCGAGGACCUGCAGUGUGGCCACAGCUGGUACGACGGUCCGUGUCUUGUCCACUGCCACGGUGGGAUGCUCGCAUUUCCUAUUGUGCCGAACAGGCACCACUGCAGGAUCAAAGUGAUGAACUCAACACAGGCCCUAGUACCGUAGGUAUAGCCGACUGUUCGUACCGCCUGAUUAGAGUUAGCCUGCCGGCAUCGAUCGCAGAAUAUUGCGCAUUGCAUACCUAACUACAUCGCUCAAAAGCCCAUUGGAGGCGGCCGCUGGCCGCUGCCAGACCCGGGCUCGUGUCUUGCGGCACAGCGGGAGUUCAGGCGCUGUACUACUAGAGCCAUCUAGGGAGAGGAGCGGCGCUACUCUGGCCGCUUCGAGUUCGUUGUGGCGCAGCCGGCAGCUGGGUGCCGGAGUUGAUACAUAACCGUUUGAAGCAGGUUGAUCAAGACUGCAUGCAUUUUCUUUGUUAGGUCCGAUGCCUGGCUUUUGCAUUGCUUCACAUACAGAGUGAAACAGUAAAGACUUAAAGCCCUAUCCGCUUACGUGCUCAUCGUGUUUACGCUCAUGGGCGGAGAAUUGUCAUAAUCCCAUGGGGUGCUUUUCCAGCACCUGUCGAAUGGAAGCGUCGAAUUCUUGCAUAGAAAAGCACAUAACAGGGACGCUUUCCCAACAGUAUCACUCUCCUCGCGACUUACGCAAAGCAGUUCGGUCUCAGACGUAAUUUAAGCAACCACUGGAGUACUAUUAUAUGGUGACCUUUGAAUUUCAGGGGUUGCUCGAGCACCCCCAAAAUUCCUAAUAUUCCACCCCUGUUUACGCUCCGUAUGUGAAGCGGUCUUUAGGCAAACAAUGCCGGCAGGCGGCUAUUUUUCUGUUGGUAAAACUGGCCUCUGAUCUAUAUAUAAAACGACAAUAUAUUAAAAUAUUUUU